UAUAACGCUUAGAAGAAGAAGGCGGCGGCCGUGCACUAAUAAAAACGAUGCUAUUGCUAACGUUAGUAACUGUGACUUGAUAAUAAGUUGCAAAUUAAUUCAGCUCUGAUAUGUUUAGCGUUAACUAAACACGCAGUAGGCAGUGUAUGCGCGAAACUCAACCAGCACUCCUGAUCCCCGUAAAGGGGACAUCAGAGACAUGGCAACUGCACCAUCUGUUGUAAUGUUUGCAGUGUGUGUCCUUACGGUAACAGAGCUGAUACUUGCCAAGAGGGAUUACUACGAUAUACUAGGAGUGCCUAAAGAUGCCACUGAACAACAGAUAAAAAAAGCUUUUCACAAGCUUGCAAUGAAAUAUCACCCUGAUAAAAACAAGAGCCCAGAUGCUGAAGUGAGAUUCAGAGAAAUUGCAGAAGCUUAUGAAACUUUAUCAGAUGAAACAAGAAGAAGAGAAUAUGACCAGUACAGUGACUCUUCUGCAUUCUUCACUGGAGAAGCUCAAGGCAGGCAUAAACAAGGUACCCAUCAGCCUUUCAGCUUCAACUUUGAUCACAUAUUCAAGGACUUUGACAUCUACAGUCAGAACAGGCAUUCCCGUCACCGAAGACACUUUGAUGAACACUCCAGGUCCCAGAAGGAGUCCCACAGCAGACACAGGAGACACUUUCAGGGAGGUUUUGGUGCAGGUAUUUUUGAUGACAUGUUUGAUGACACAGAGCGAAUGUUCACUUUUGACAGACACACCAAACAGACUGACAGCAGAUUUCAUGGUGCAUCAAAACAACACUGUAGGACAGUGACACAGCGCAGAGGAAAUAUGGUAACUACAUACACAGACUGCACUGCAUCGUAAGAUACAAUAUAAACUGACUUCUCACUUAAAAUUGGAAACAGUUGUGUUGUAUUGGUUAGGUAACAAAAGGCUACUUGGUUCAAAUGCUGUGAAAUUUGAAUGUUUUAGUUGACAUUCAGGCACAGAAUGAUAAGCACUGAAUACACGUAUCUUACUUAGCUUGGGUCUAAUUCAGAUCAGCUCUGUUUUGUUCAAGCUAUUCUCUGUGUCUGUUCAUGGAUUUGUAAAUAAUUGUAGUAGUUUUUUGCUUACUGUUGAAUUAAGCUGACUAGAGAGUAUUUUGUCAGUAUUUUUUUAAGCACUUUCAUUUGAUAGCUGAAUUUGAAAGCAUUACAUUUUACUGUUAUGAGAACUAAAGCUGUCUUGCUUAAUAUGACACACAAUACACAGUUCAUUAUUAGGUUACCUGCCACCAUACCUCUGUACAGUUUUUAGCUUCUUUUAUAUAGGUUUUGCUAUUGUAAGGUUCAAAUCACAACUAAAGGCAGAAACAAUAGGUGUUGGUGGGGCUUUGCUUUGUCAAAUGGUUGUCAAAUGGGGAGCAAUGUCAGCAAAACCCAGGACUGUGCACAAUUUGGGAUGGUUAACAUUUUUUUUGGGGUUUGUUCUGUGAUGUGAUGGCUACUCACAGCAGUGUUGAUUUGCUGAUGUAACCCCCUGGAACGUACUGUAGAUGAUUAAACACUUCUUCCUUACAUAGCAUUUGUUACCUCACUUCUGUAAACAAGUACAUGCUCCUUUGACAGUGUGCUGUGCAAUACAGCCUAUAUUUAUUCCCUAUAUUGAUCUAUUGUAAAAUAUCCUUAAGCACUUUAAGUUUGACAAAUUUCCUAUGUGUGUUCGUUUUAAAGAAUGUAUUUAGAAAAAUAAAAGGUAGAGACCAAACUGAACUUAUUUCUGUUUACUUA